UCUUAGUUUGUUUUCAUAUACAGAGAGGUUUUGCAGUUUGUGGUGGUGAAGAGACUGAAUAGUUAAAGAUAAACAGUAGCUUCUACAAGUAACUGAGGAGGAUGAAGACUUCACCCAUUUUUGUGCUAGCAUUUCUGGUAUCUGCUCUCCUUGUUGCAGUAAUCUCACAAAAUCCAGCUGAGGCAGCUGAUGAAUGGUGUGUUGCUGAUCGUCAAGCCUCUAAAGAAAAACUUGAAGCCGCACUAAACUGGGCGUGCGCGAAAAGGAAUGAUAUUUGUCUCAAUGUACAACAAAACCAACCUUGUUAUCUCCCCAACACAUUAGAAGAUCAUGCUUCUUAUGCUUUCAAUGGUUACUAUCAAAAAUUCAAGAGUCAAGGUGCCGUUUGCGAUUUUGGGGGUAUUGCCAAAAUUACUAACGUUGACCCAAGUUAUGGUUCAUGCAAGUAUGAUAUUGGAAUGGCGUAAUUUUGAUACUAAAGACCCGAUUGUCUUGAAUCAGCUCAAAAGAGAUCUAUUUCGAUAGAAAAGAACAACGGUCAAGACAAUUUGGUCUUCAAAAUUUAGUCAAAUUCAUUCGUCUAGAGAUUCAAAAAAAAGUUCUAAUCGUUUUAGUAAGUUUCAUUUCAUUAAUUAUAAUUUCUACAUUAAGAAUAUGUUUGGGUCGUCGUUUGUAGUAGAGGCAUUUAUUUUAAAUGUACUUUCAGUAUUACGAUAAUCUCAAAUUUACCAGAAAUAAUAAAUAUGGAGUUUAUGUUGA